GCAGAAAAAUCAAGCGCAAGACAGUCAGUCAGUCAGUCAGUCAGUCAGCUUUCGGACGAGACGCCGCGUGCACGUGUUUCGCUCGCAACGAUGAAGCGGUUAUUUUGGCUGUGGGCGCUGGUGCUGGUAGCCGCUGCGGGCGCUGACGAGGCUGACGGGAAGCUGAGGCUGCGCAUUCUUCACACCAACGACAUGCACUCCAGGUUCGAGGAGGUGUCCAAGGAGGUCGGCUACUGCAGCAAGCUGGAGUCGGCGGUGGGCCUCUGCUACGGCGGCUUCGCCAGGCUGGCGAGCCUGGUGCGGACGGCGCGCGCCUCGGCCAACGCGUCCGGCGAGGCAGUGCUCUUUCUCAACGCCGGCGACACUUACCAGGGCACCAAGCUCUACAGCCACUACAAGGCUAGCAUCGUCAUCAAGUUUCUCAACAUGCUGCGCCCCGACGUGGUGAGCCUGGGCAAUCACGAGUUCGACGACAAGAUUGGCGGUCUGCUGCCUUACCUGAACCAGGCGAACUUCCCCGUGCUAGCGGCCAACCUGGACCUGAGUCUCGAGCCCGAUCUGCGCGCCAGCAAGCGGCUGGCCAAGUCGCACGUGCUCCAGGUUGGCGGUCGAUUGGUGGGCAUCGUCGGCUACCUGACCCCCGAGACCGCCCAGCUGUCGCAGCCAGGUCGCGUGCGUUUCCUCGACGAGGUGGCGGCUGUGCGCGCCGAGGCCCGGCGGCUCGAGGAGCGCGGCUGCCACAUCGUCAUCGCGCUCGGCCACUCGGGCUACGAGACCGACCAGCGGAUAGCCCGUGAGGUCGAGCAGGUCGACCUGGUGAUCGGUGGCCACACCAACACCUUCCUGUACGGCAACGGCCGGCCGGACGAGGGGCCCGACCGCGAGGUGCCCGAGGGCCCCUACCCGACCGUCGUCACGCAGUCCAGCGGCCGCAAGGUCUACGUGGUGCAGGCCUACGCCUACACCAAGUACUUGGGCGAUCUGCGUCUCGAGUUUGACGCUCGCGGUGAGGUCAGCCGCGUCGGCGGCUCGCCCAUACUAGUGGACGCGCACGUGCCUAAGGACCCGGAGCUCGAAGCCGAGCUAGUCCGCUGGCAGGCGCCCCUCGCGAGCUUGGACGACCGCGUGGUCGGCACUACGCACGUGCUCCUCGACGGUGACGAGAAGGUCUGCCGGCUGGCCGAAUGCAAUCUCGGUAACCUCCUCACCGACGCCAUCAUCUACUACAAUGCCCAACUGAAUGCUGACUUCGAGGACAGACCCUGGACCGACAGCGCCGUAGCCAUCAAUCAAGCCGGGGGCAUUAGAGCUUCGAUCAACUUAAUGAACGACGGAAAAGUCACCGUGAACGAUAUCAUUACGAGCUUUCCUUUCACCACCAAAGUGUACAAAGUUCAGUUGCCUGGGCGGACACUCAAAUCCGUUCUCGAGUGGAGCGUACAUGACAGGAUCAACAGGAGCGUCAGCUUGCAUGGCGGGUCAUUUCUUCAAAUGUCCGGUCUCCAGGUCACUUACGACUUGGCGAAGCCAGUAGGAUCACGCGUUAUUUCAGCCAGGGUACGUUGCAGCUUGUGCAUGGUACCGACCUACCACGAUCUCGAUCCUAAUACAAACUACACCAUUCUGAUGAAUGACUUUUUGUACAACGGUGGCGAUGGAUUUCAAAUGUUCAAAGGCUUAAAGUACCAAGACAUGAAUGUGACUAUUGAUGACGUGGUAACGAGAUACAUCAAUCGCACCAGUCCUGUCUACGUGGGGCUCGAGGGUAGAAUAAGCUUCGUGGAGCACGCAACAAGCUCGGCGGUGUCGCACGUACAACGAUUAUCGCUGAGCCUGCUAAUUCUCCAAUUUGUGGCUUUUGCGCGCUUCUUCUGACGACUCGCGCGGACUCUGCCUACCGAUCUGACGUAUGCCUGCGCGAGCGCGAGUGAAGUGCGUGUUCGACGCGUUUUACAAAUUGCACGCGUUUUACAAAUUUGUUAACUGCACGAUAACACGUCGUCAGCUGGCGGUUUAUAUCAAUUCUGAUAUAAGCUUCUCUGUGACAUUAAAGUUGCCGCUUAUGUUGAAUGAUGUGAUAACAAUGUGUACGGUCGAUUAGCGAAAGCCCGCGAGGACGCGGUACAAUAAAUAAAAGCGAAAAAGGUCACGGGUGUUUAUUUUCUU